CGCCCCCGCCAAAUCCAAAUCGAAAUCGAAAGCAAUGUCGCCGCGCCGGCUUUGACCACGGCCGCCACCACCAUUGCGAUGGCCGCGGGAACUGUGGAGCUGGUGAGGGGCGCCGUGGAGGCCAUCUCCCACCUGACCGAGAAAAGGUGCCGCAAGUGCCGUCGCAUGGUCAAGAAACGAGAGCUGGUGAAGCACUUGGAGGACCAUCUGGACGAGUACGAGAAGCUGUAUGCUACUGACAAGGGAGCCCUGGAGCGCAAGAUCGAGCGUUUGGAGGCACUGGAGGAGAGGUUAAGAGAGGAAAAGGCAGAGCUCCUACACAAGCUUGAGACCAUUGACAAGGAUCACAAAGAAGAGAAGAGGCGUCUCAAAAAAGAUAAGUCUCAGCUUAAGAAGGAGCUGGUGCAAGCCAAAAAUGAGGAGGCCCGGCUCAGGGCCCUGGCGCUCUCUGAAAUCAGGAUCAAGUGCAAGCUCUGCAACGAAACUGUGCUUGCCAAAGACCGUGAGUCCCACAUCGAGAUUCACAGAACGGAGCGUCGCAUGUUAAGCAAACACCUUUCAGGGAAGCAUUUGUGAACACACCAUCAAGGUAAAGCCAAACAUACAUGUCUUGUACCUCCUCUUCUUUGCUAAACUGGUGCAGCUGAAACAAAAAAAUACUUGUUUUUUAGCUCUCUAUCAACUGAAUGUCCUAGCUAGGAAUACUACUAGUGCUUGGCUUUCAAAAUGAACAACAGAAACUAAAUUUGCGCACCAAACAUGUUUAUUUAUCUACACUUUCACUAUGUUGAAUUGCAUGCUAACAUACUACUCCCUCCGUCCAAAAUUACUUGUCGCUCAAACGGAUGUACCUAGUACUAUGUUGUCAAGUUGUUUGAUGUGAAACAUGCUUCAUAUUCAUAGCACAACUUGUUUAAGGACACAUGUCUCUUUGCUAAACUGGUGCUAUUAACAGCAUAAUCAUGCUUUUUUGACCUCUCUAUCAACUGAAAUGCAACUAGCGAGGAAUAAUUAGCGGUGCAAGGCUUUCGAAAUGAACAGCAGAAAUUAGUUUUGUACCCCUCAGACAGAGAUAAUGUUGUCAAUUGCCUAACUUGUAAUAAUGUUGUGAAACAUGCUUCAUGUUCAAGCUCAAACUUGUUUCUAAGGACAUGCCUCUUUCUUGAGCUCUCUAUGAACUGGAUGUCCUAGCUAGGAAUAAUUCUAGUGCUUGGCUCUCAAAAUACUUUUGUACCCUGAAUAGGGAGAAACCACCCCAAGCAUGUUUAUUUAUCUACAGCUUUGCUUUGUGAAACUCCUCAACCAUGUUAACAUAUUUAAUAAUGUUGCGAAGCUGACUACCAAUUUGAUGUGAAGCAUGCUUCAUAUUCGUAGUACAAACUAGUUAAGGACACAUGUGUCUUUGCUAAACUGGUGCUAUUGACAGCAUAAUCAUACUUUUUUGAGCUCUCUAUCAACUGAAAUGCAACUAGCUAGGAAUAAUAAUGGUGCAAGGCUUUCUAAAUGAACAGCAGAAAUUAGUUUUGUACCCUCAAAUAGAGAUAAUGUUGUGAACUGGUGCAACUCAAACAAACAAAAAAUGUCAUACUCAUGCUUGUUUUUGAGCUCUCUAUGAACUGAAUGUCCUAGCUAGGAAUGAUACUAGUGCUUGGCUCUCAAAAUGAACAGAAAUUAGCUCUCUAUGAACUGAAUGUCAUACUCAUACUAUUUGUACCCCCAAAUAGGGAGAAACCCCAAGCAUGUUUACUUAUCUACAGCUUAGCUUUGUGAAGCUGCUCGACCAUGCUAAUAUAUUUAAUAAUGUUGUGAAGCUGACUACCAAUUUGAUGUGAAGCAUGCUUCAUAUUUAGUACAAACUAGUUAAGGACAGAUGCCUAUUUGCUAAAAUGGUGCUAUUGACGGCAUACUCUUGCUUUUUUGAGCUCUCUGUUAACUGAGGUACAACUAGCAAGGAAUACUAGUAGUGUUUGACUUUCAAAAUGAAGAGCAGAAAUUAAUUUUGUACCCCCAAACAGAGAUAAACAAGUUUAUUAGCUGACAUUAUCCAGGGAGUGCCAGGCACAAAAAAGCUUCUGAGAAUGCAUUUUGUUAAGCUGGGUUCAACAAUGAUGGAAUCAGUGUAACCUGUUUGAUCAUUUCAUCUUAUUUUACCUUGUGCUGCACAUCAUCAUCCACAUCUGGCGCACAAUGUGAGAAGAGAACAUAAAUGAAGUAGCAUAACUUACUUUGUCUUUCUUUCUGGUGCUUGCAGGAAGCAGGUAUAACAUGCAGAUGAAUGCUCAAAGAUGCUGAAUGAGUUGAAUAAAAAGUCUUCCUUCAUUCAAAACUAUUCAUAAACUGUUAAAGAAAUUUUGAGCAUGUUUGCUAUACAUUGGACGGUGCUGAGUUCACAAGCCAAACAUACGAGAACGUAGACCGAGUGCUAGUAAGUCAUGGUCCAUUUGGGAUGAAAUGUUCCUAAUUAUUAAUUGCAGAAUGUUGGUGAAAGCUUUAGCGUUAAAUUAAUUUCAUUAGUAUUGGGAUGUG